AGACGGAUGCCAGGUUGCUCCCGGUUUUACUCUAUCGAAAGUGUUUACGCUGACGCCACUGCUGGCCAAUAACAAAGACAAGUGGGGCCUGGCACUUGACGGGCAGCUGAAGCAUGAGGACACCAAUCUGGCCUCGAGCACGCUAAUUGCAGAUCCAUCGCAGCGGGAAAAUCUGGGCAUCAUCGUGCAGUAUAAAGUGAAGGUCAAACUGUGCAUCACACCGUUGGGCGGUGAUUUGGUAGCCGAGUUGCCGUUCAUUCUGAUGCACCCGAAGCCGGACGACGAUGAGCCGGUGAUAGGAGACCGUUCGCCCGGGCGAACGGUGAACAGCGCCGACCGGAAGCACGGAUACCCUGCCGGACACGAAGCUGGCAGCAACAGCAACAACGGGGACGCGAACGCAGCCAAGGAGGAUGGCCCGAACCUUAUUCAGCUGGACGGGGACGACAACUGUCAGGAUGACGAUAUUAUCUUUGAAGAUUUCGCCCGGUUACGCUUGAAAGGCGCCGAAACGGAAGCUUAGAGCCGCUAGCGGCGGAACCACACGGCUGAUGGCAGAGAGUC